AUGGUUGGGGGUUGGUGGGUGUGGGGUGAAGGGGGGUCCCUGCCCCAGGGGGCCCAGUCCCCCAAACCGUGUGGCUGGAUUGGUUUUGGGGGCACGAGCUGGGGUCAGGGCAGGUUUGGGUUGACAUCCCCCUGUGCAGGCGGUGAGACAGAGGAGGAGAUCCAGCGUGUGGACAUGCUGGAGAACCAGAUCAUGGAUUUCCGCAUGAGCCUUGUCAUGGUCUGCUACAACCCUGACUUUGAGAAGCUCAAGCCAGGCUACCUGGAGCAGCUCCCGGGGAAGCUGAAGCUCUUCUCCAACUUCCUGGGGGACAGAAAGUGGUUUGCAGGGGAGAAGCUGACCUUCGUGGACUUCCUCAUGUUCGAUGUGCUGGACCAGAACCGCAUCUUUGAGCCCAAGUGCCUGGAGCCCUUCAAGAACCUCAAGGACUUCAUGGACCGCUUUGGGGCUCUGGAGAAGGUGGCUGCCUACAUGAAGUCCAGCCGUUUCCAGAAGAUGCCCAUCAACAACAAGAUGGCCAAGUGGGGCAACAAGAAGCUGUAGGAGCUCAGCAUAGGGCUUGGAGGGUGGGGGCAGCCCUAAGCCAGCCCCUCCAGCAUCCUCCAUCCUUGGGGGGGGGACAGCACCACUGGCAUGACGCCCCCCGAGACAAUAAAGUGCUUUGUAGAUGUGGCACCCUGA